AUGGCUACUGCUGCCAGCCAGCAACAACCUCGCAGGGCCCGCGCGAGAGUUGUUUGCUUGCAGUGCCACGCCCGCAAACUGCGCUGUGACUACGAAACCCGAUUCAGAGACGGCCAUCAAUGCUGCCACAACUGCCUCGAGUCGUCGACCUUGUGCAGACCACGGCUCCCUAAACGGCGCAGAAAAGACGCCAGUAAUGCUCGAGAAACAACAAGUGCUUAUGCACCAAUCCGCCCCGCGGUGAGCAAUCAGGAGCACUCUCUCCAACCAACAACGUCCAUCCAUGACGACUCUGCAUUGGUCGACGUCGAUGUCGACAUGAACGGCUCAACCUUCCAGCAAGAGCAAUCAGGACAGCAGCCGCCGCAAGAAUCACUGCCUCCACCAACGCAGCAGCUUGCGCCACGACAAGUGACAUUCCCGCUUGGGCAUGAAAGGUCAUCAUUAUCAGAUGUUCAAGGCCCUGGUGCUGAAGAUGUCAGCCCCGAUGUUCCCUCGACCGUCUCGCAUGGUCGUUCACCAGCUGUAGGUUAUCUAGGCGGCAGUGGGCUGUUGAGACUUUUCGAACCAGACUAUCGAGGAAUUGCAGCAGCUACGACUACUAACGCCGACAAGCACCAACAUGGAGUGGGAAGUCAUCGUACACGUCUGAUGAUCGACGAUGAUGACAGCCUGCCUCCAGCUGAACUCCAGGAAAGCUUUGCAGAGACAUAUUUCAGCUAUUGCUGGCCUUGGUGCCCGGUCUUGGACAAGCAAACAUUCAACGGCGAAAGCGAUGGUAUCACUUCCCCCCUUCUCAUCAACGCGAUGGCCCUGUUGGGCAUGCAAGUGCGUCCACCCAUCAUGCAACACGCUAGAGCUAAAGACUAUUAUGACCGAGCGAAGAUGCUCUUCUACAUGGACGAGGAGAGUGACCCUCUUACAUGCCUGCAAUCUAUCAUGCUUUUUUACUGGUGGGCUCCGCGAGGGCCCUCCCAGGUACACAAGGAUGCGUCUUGGUGGUGGACAGGGAUUGCCAUCAAGUAUGCCCAACAGAUGGGUUUGCAUCGCGAACCAAGGAACGUGGAUGAUGUUGGUGGAAUUGAAGCACAAGGGUUGAGACGGAGAAUCUGGUGGACGCUCUUCGCCAGGGAACGUUUGACAGCGAUGUGUCAAGGGAGACCUCUCACUAUCAGCCCAGAAGAUUGUAACGUUAGAAAACCUUCGCUUGAGGAUUUUGGAUCAUCCUCAGAUGAUCCUCGCGCAGAGAUCUUCAUCUACUGGGUUCGUCUGUGCGACAUUAUCGGACGCAUCAGUCAACAUCUAUCACGUCCAACAGAGGGAGGACAGCCAUUUUCAUUCCCCACUGAGCUCGCUGAAGAACUCAUCGCCUGGAUCAACAGCCUACCUGUUCAUCUACAAUUGCCCGACAUGUCGGAUCGAUCGCGUCGGUUCGACCGGGAUGUCCUCAAACUUCACUUGCCGUAUCUGACCACUGUCACCAUCUUACACCUGAAUUGGUCAUCUCAACAUCCUUCACAGCCCUUUCCCGAAGCUUAUACCGCUGCUGUCCUCUCCGCUUCGUGCGUCACUCGUAUUUUCAGGGACCUUCUCUCCAGGGGAAAGAUUCGGUUCUUAGGUGCCAUAGCGUGUUGGCAUGUCGGUACGGCCAUUGUUGCUCUCCUGCAUACCCAACGCAUAGACACUCUGGCGGGCCCUGGAGCGAACGAUAUCAGUAUCCUCAGAGUCGCAUUGAACGAGUUAGCUAACCUAUGGCCAUCGACGGCUAUCUUUGUGAAGGGUUUCGAUCGACUCGGUGCCUUCGAACAUCUGGCAGAUACCCCUGGCAGAGCAAUUGGCAAACAAAAACAAAGUCGCCAAGACUCUCAACAGAAAGGCACAAGUGCUUCUCAGACGGCACAGAGGCAACAACAAGAGAUGCAUGGGAAUCCUUCUCCAAGCGGUAUGCAUUUAGCACCGAACGAAAACCCACCACUCCCACAUUCAUCCCUGCAGGAUGGCCAACUCCAGUGGCCCCACGGCAUCGACUGGCAGAGUUAUUUCCCACAUGUUACUCCUCGCACAUGUGGCCUCGCAGAUGUGUUAUUGGCUCAAGAGCAUCAACCCCCGAUGGACAUUUGGGGCGGGUUAUCUUCGCUGUCUUGGUUUGGCGCAGGAGAUACUACGGCACCGGCACAAUUCCAGAACCUGUUCGAUCCUACAGAUACGAUGUUGGACCCCUUUCUAGAGAAUCUGUCAUCAUUUUGCUGGAUGGGGGAAUCAGGUGGGACAAUUUGA